AUGUUUGCCAUCCACCCUGAUAAGGUCCCAGGGCCAGAUGGCUUCUCUGCGAGCUUCUUCCAAUCCAACUGGACGACGGUGGACCCUGCUAUAACAAAAGAGAUUCAGAACUUCUUCAUCACGGGUGCUCUUCCCUACUCGAUUAACUCAACUCAUAUCAGAUUCAUUCCAAAAAUUACCAGCCCUAAACUAGUCUCGGAAUACAGACAUAUUGCCUUGUGUAACGUGUAUUACAAGGUCAUCUCAAAAAUCCUAGCUCUAAGACUUAAACCGGUGCUACAAGAUGUAAUUUCUGAGACUCAGUCGGCGUUCGUACAUGGUCGAGCCAUAUCUGAUAACGUCCUCAUCACGCAUGAAGUCCUCCACUACCUGAAAGGGUCAGGGGCAGUUAAACAAUGCUCAGUGGCAGUUAAAACUGAUAUUAGCAAAGCGUAUGAUAGACUAGAGUGGUCUUUUAUAAGAGUUGUACUUGAGAGAAUGGGUUUUUGUGAUACUUGGAUUAUGUGGAUGAUGCAGUGUGUCUCCACUGUCUCAUACUCUUUUCUCCUUAACAACGAAGUUGUAGGUAAGGUGACUCCACAAAGAGGCAUUAGACAGGGGGAUCCUCUGUCACCCUACAUCUUUAUUUUAUGCGGUGAAAUACUCUCCGGCCUCUGCAAAAAAGCGCAGAUGAAUGGCCUCUUACCUGGAAUCAAAGUGGCUAGAAAUAGUCCGAAGAUCAAUCACAUGUUGUUUGCCGAUGACACCAUGAUCUUCACAAAAACAGAUGCACGUAGCUGCUCCUCCUUGAUGGAUAUCCUCCACAAAUAUGAACUCGCUUCAGGUCAGAUGAUCAACGCGCAUAAAUCAUCUAUCUCCUUCUCCUCCAAGACUCCACCUGAAAUAAGAGAGCGGGUUAAAACUCAGCAGGGAAUAGAGAAGGAAGGGGGAGUAGGCAAAUACCUAGGACUACCAGAGCAUUUUGGACGCAAAAAGAAGGACCUAUUUGCAUCUAUUGUAGAUAGGAAGAAGCAGAUAACAGUUUUCUGGUCUACUCAGUUACUAUCAACUGCGGAAAAAGCUACCAUGAUCCAAUCCGUGUUGUCAGCUAUCCCUAUCUUUGCAAUGACGUGUUUCCUCCUCCCACUUAGCCUCUGUAAACGCAUACAGUCCAUCUUGACCAGAUUCUGGUGGGACUCAAAGGAUGGAGAGAGGAAAAUCUGCUGGAUCUCGUGGGAAAAGCUAACGCAACCGAAGAGCUUGGGAGGCUUGGGAUUCCGCGACAUUGAAGCUUUCAACCACGCUCUUCUUGCAAAAAUUGCGUGGAGACUCUUGACAAAACCAGAGACUCUGCUUGCCCGUGUACUGUUAGGGAAAUAUUGCCACAAAACAACCUUUGCGAAGACACCAUCGAGCGCAACAAUCUCCCAUGGCUGGAGAGGGAUUCUGGCGGGCCGUGACCUUCUACUACAACACCUGGGAAAGGCAAUUGGUAACGGAGAGUCCACUAGCCUCUGGAAUGACUCUUGGAUCAGUCCAGAGACAAACCUGAAACCCAUUGGACCGGUAUUUAUCAGUGACAGAGACCUUGUUGUCGCAGAUAUUCUGACUCGAGAGAUAAGAGAAUGGAACAAAACCAGAAUUGGUGAGCUAUUACCUGAGUUGUCUUCCCACAUUUUGUCACUAAGGCCGAGCAUCCUGGGAGCUAACGACUCUUACAUCUGGCCAUUACAAAAGUCAGGCAACUACACGGUGAAGUUAGGCUACUUUUCAACUCGGGUGAUUAACACACCAGUCGCAAGACUCCAAUCACAGCCGGAGGAGACCCUAAACUGGAAAAAAUAUAUAUGGAACCCUCCCCUCCUCCCAAAGAUAAAGUUCUUCCUUUGGAAAGCUGUGACUAACACACUCCCGACGGGCUUAAACCUACAAACAAGAGGAGUUCUCGUCAACACAAAUUGUUUAAGGUGUGGAGAAGCUGAAUCUAUAUCUCAUAUUCUCUUCCACUGUAAUUUUGCAAAAAAAAUGUGGAAACUUGUCCCAUGGCAGAACACAGUAGACACAAAUUUAAGGUGUGGAGAAGCUGAAUCUAUAUCUCAUAUUCUCUUCCACUGUAAUUUUGCAAAAAAAAUGUGGAAACUUGUCCCAUGGCAGAACACAGUAGACACAAAUGAAACCUCUACCUUCAGUAGAAUGAUCCAAGAAGCAAUUAGAUGGAGGAACCUCCCGCCCUUCGACACCUCAGGGAAUGCGUUUCCAUGGUUCUGUUGGGUGAUCUGGACAUCGAGAAAUCUUGCCAUCUUCGAGAAGAGAUACCUCACACCCAUUGAAACAGCAACCAAAGCGAUUCUGGCCCAAAAAAGAAUGGGAAAAAGCUCAAUCAACUACACCCUCUCAGAUCUCUCAGACCCCGCAGAUGAAGCCUCUAGCCCGAACCUCCUCCUCAAACGAUCUCACUGUAUUUUGCAACACAUAUGCAGCUUGGCGAUCGGAUCUGAUGGCGGCAUGGAUGGGGUGGAUCCUCACAGACCGACAUGGCCAGGAAAUCUCCAGAGCCACAGCCUCUCAACUCAAUGUAACAUCCGCUUGCAUGGCUGA